AGCACCACCAGAGCGCAGGCAUGACUCCACAUUAAAGCAGAAUGACAGAACUCAAACAGGGAGAAGAGGUCCUGCGGCAGCCAGAAAUUGGACCUCAACCUGAACGGGACCCCCUCCAGAGGCCCUGAGGGCCAGUCCCAAACAUGAGACCGGGAGAAGGGAGAAGACUGGGGCAGCUCUGCCCCCGAGAGUACAGAAUUCUUCCAGAAAUACGCCCUGGUUGGUUGAAACAGAAGUGGUCCUCAGUGUUUGGAGUGCUGUGGCCUGGCUCCUGGCAAUCUCUGUUUCCCCUCUUUCACAUCGGAGCAGCUCUGCUGGCUGUGGUGAUCUACUCCAUGACCCAUGUGCUCUACGGCUUUCUGUCAAGAAUUUUCAUCCCUCAGUACCGAUGCCCCUACAUGGUGUCCCUCACUUUUGCUCAGGUCGUGGUGACCAUGCUGGUUUUGCUGACUCUCCAUGCUUCUGGGUGUGUGACGCUAUCACCACCCUCCCUGCAUCUGGCCGAACGCUUGCUGGUGCCCUCUAUCUGUGACGCCAUUCAGUCCGUGCUGGCGCUGUGGGCCGAGGUCAAUGCCUCCUAUGGCCUAUACCCCCUCCUCAUGAGUCUGCUUCCUCUGCUCUGUGUGGGCUGGACCCACAUCCUGGGCCUGCCAUCGCCAUCCAAACCUGCCACCCUUCUGCUGGCCACCAUCACAUUCACAUCCAUCACCAUCACAGGUAUGAAGGGGGUGCUCAUGCCGGAGACUUUGGGCGUUCUCUACGCCCCCCUCAGCCUGCUCCUGCAGAGCGUCUCGCUCACCUGGCUGGCCAAGGCGGGCGAGGCAGAGGAGGGCGGGGCCGGGGAGCGGGCGUCGCUCCCGAGCGUCUGCUUUGGCCUGGCGCUGAAUAAGAGCCUGGUCCUGGGCUUCCUGUGCCUGCUGCACCCGGACGGUCCGAGGCUGCUGAGCGACGGCAGCUGGCGCAGCGCCCUCUUCUUGGCGUACCUGCUGGCCCAGCUGCUGCUCGGAGCGCUGCAGCGCCUCCUGCUGGCCGCGGUGGCACUGCGCUUCUCCCCGCUGGCCGCCGCCCUGCUCACGUCCGCGUACGACCUAGCCAGGCCCUUCAGCAGCCUGCUGUAGCUCAGAGCGCCAAAACAUCGCCCAAGAAGCAGCGCCCACGCCGGGCAUAAUGGCAUAAUGUGCCGGGUGAUGCCAUCUUUGUCCCUAAAGGUCGUCCCAGUAAAUGAGCCCUGCAGGGGUACAUCACCAGGAAUGUAUGUGACAUCCAAAAAAAUGACUAAAGGAAAUCGAGCGCAGCAGGAAAACUUUGGUAUGAAAUUUCCUUCUGGAACUUCUGAACUGAGGUCACAAAAUGCCUCAAAUCUGAAGAGGAAGGUGGUGUUCAUGGAAAAAUGAAGUAUUGAAGACCUCUGACCAGUCCCCAAAACAGA